AAUUGUUUUCUUUUUUCAGCUGAAUCUGGUCUCUCUCUUGCGUCUCUUCAGGGUCUAGUCUAUUUUAAAGCAAGAUUUGAGAGAAAAUGGCUGAUAAUAACAAAUUGAGCGCCAGCUCGGAGUAUCCGUCUGAUGUUUCUACUGAACUGAAUGUGAGUGCAAGUCUCAGUAACAAUGAAAGUUCGGGAAGUAACGUUCGCGAUUCAGUGACUAGUAUUACCACAGCCAAUCCACAGUCCAGUACUCCUGAUUUAAAAAACGUUCAAGAUCUCACUCGCUAUGUUGAACUUCUUCUGCAGCAAAUGCAAGAAAGAUUUCAAACUAUUUCGGAUCAAGUGCUUUCAAGAAUUGAUGAUAUGGGAAACCGUAUUGAUGAUUUAGAGAGGAACAUUGCAGAUCUUGUCACUCAAUCUGGAGUCGAAGGACCCCCAAAGUAGAACUUUGGUCAUAACAUCACAGCCCUCAAGAAAUACUGGAUUUUUUGCACAUUAUUCACUAGUUGCACCAUGUAAGCAAUUCUUUUUAAAAGAAUCUGCUGUACUAUAAACUUUUAUUCAUCCACCACCAUGAUACAUUAUGUUAACAAUCAUUUUUGCAGACAUUGUGUAAUGAAAUGUUCCAAGGAAAGAUAAGAAUGGUAUUCAAUCAUAUUCUUAAUCCCAGCCUGAGGAUAAGUCUGAAAUUCCAAUAAAUAUAUCAUGAAAAA